AUGCAAUUAGGAUAUAAUGAAAUAAUGAUUGUCUCAAAGUAUUUUGAUGAUAUUAAUGAUUUUAUUAAUUUAGAAAUUGGAGUUAAAAGAUUUCAAGGAAAUAUGGAACGAUUUCAUUUUAAUCCAAUUCCAUUGAAUCAAUAUUCAAGAAAAUUGUUUCCUAAUAUUGAAACAUUUCAUAUUUAUAAUAUAUAUGAUGAAGUGUUUGAAGAUGGAAGAAUAUUUAAAUAUGUAAUAUGGUAUAAAGUAGAUUAUUCAAGAUAUUUAGAAGAGAAAGAAGAAAUGAAUGAAUAUAAAAAUAUUGAAUAUACACAAGAAGAUAGAAAGAAAUAUGGAAAUACAAUACCAAAUGAAGUUACAUCACUUGGAUAUUGGUGUUUUAGCCUCUGUGAUGAUAUUCAAGAAAUUGAAAUACCAACGAGUGUAACCGAAAUAAGAAGUUAUUGUUUUGAAAGAUGUUCAUCAUUACAAACAAUUACUAUACCAACAAAUGUUAGUAAAAUAGGAGAUAGUUGUUUUUAUAAAUGUUCAUCAUUACAAACAAUUACUAUACCAACAAAUGUUAGUAAAAUAAGAGAAUGUUGUUUUUAUGGAUGUUCAUCAUUAACAACAAUUAAUAUACCACCAAGUGUAACUAAAAUAGGAAAUAGAUGUUUUGAAGAAUGUUAUUCAUUAACAUCAAUUAAUAUAGAAGAUGUGAAAUAUAUAAGUGAAAAAAGAAUAUUUAUGAAUGAACCAGUGUUAAUUAGUAUUAAAAUACUAGAAAAUUUAACAAUAAUAAAUGGAAAGAAUAUUGAAAAGAAAGAUAUUAAUGAAUUUAUUAUUCCAUCAUCAAUCACUAAAUUAGGAGAUUAUUGUUUUGAAUAUUGUUAUUCAUUACAAACAAUUAAUAUACCAACAAGUGUAAGUAAAAUAGGAGACUAUUGUUUUAAAGAAUGUACAUCAUUAACAUCAAUUAAUAUACCAUCAUCAAUUACAUCAUUUGGAAAGGGAUGUUUUUAUCAUUGUAGAUGUGAAGAAGAAUUAAAGAAGAAUAAAACAAUACCAGAAUAUUGCUUUGAAGAAUAA